AUAGUGGGAUUAGUAUUAUCGCGCCCGCGACAACAACAUCGCGCGCGCAAACGGUUCAUCAUGGCGGCGUGGAGGUGUAUGAUAUGUGUCGUCUUUGUUGCUUUAACUCUUAAAGUACUCCUUAGCCACAUUAAUGCAAGUCACAGUCGCAGCCAGGAUUUUUGGGUUUACUGUGGUAUUGACGGAUGUGAACAGGACUUUAGAGUUUUCAACUCUUUCUUUCGCCACAUUAAACGGACGCACCUUCAGUAUUUGAGGACUGGAUGCCCACCAAGUGGAUGGAGUACGACGCCUUCAUCUCGGUCUUUGGGACAGGAAACAUUUGGUGUUUCAGUUUUUGCCAGCUGUAGCACUCCUGCAGCGGCCAGCAGUGUGGCCAGCUGUGUCCCACCUGCUGCCUCUCUACCUGAACCGUCACCACAGCCUGACGCUGUCGGCCGCCUUGAGUCCGAAGAAGCUGUUGCUGGGACAUCCAGAACCAGACCUGAUAUUGCCAGAUCUGCAGCAGCAUUCACCAUCAGUGUCCGGGAACAGUGCCACUUGUCACAGAGAACUGUCAACAGUGUCAUCUCAGGGGUGCAACAGUACCAAGCCGCUCUCCUUGACACGCUAAAGGAGAGAAUCAGAAGGGUGUUUGAAGAGAAUCCAGAGACAACUGCUCAGCUCCAAGAUGAGGCUUUGGCUUCAUUUGAUACAUUCAUGGAUCCAUUCUCAACCACAGCAUAUGGACAGAAUAAAACCAUCAGAGAACUAUUCAAUCCAGUCAACCCAGAGGAAGUUGUAGUGUCCCAGAAGAUUUGUUGGGUAAAGCGUGGUCUUUCAAGGGUCAUGGCCUUAAGAAGCAAAAGUUUUUACUAUGUACCACUUAUUCAAAGUCUCAAGCAGUUACUGACCAAUCCCAGAAUCUUCACCAUGUUGAACACUUUACCACAAAAAAGUAGAGAGGGAUUCUUGUAUGAUUUUACUGAUGGAGCCCUUUUUACAUCCCAUCCAUUAUAUUCUCAAAGGCCAAAUGCAUUGCAAAUAUUACUUUACACUGAUGAAAUUGAAAUAUGUAACCCUUUAGGCCCACAUGCCUCUGCAAAUAAAUUACUGAUGUUUUAUUAUAGUUUAGGGAAUAUUGAUCCAAAAUUUAGGUCGAAGUUGGCUGCAAUAAGACUUCUUGCUAUUGCCAGGCAAACGAUAUUUCCCAGUGGGGUGUUGAUGUUAUACUAA